UAAGAGAACAAUGCACAAACACAUGAGGUCAUUACCCAAACAAAGGAAGCAACUCAUCUUAAUUAAAAUUGUUUCGAUGAUGUCAGCUCCAAGCCCUAGCUUUUCUAGAUACAAGAUGAGUUGUUUUCCUUUGUCUUGGCCAUGACCUCAUGUGUUUUGUGCGUUGCUCUAGUGAACACGGUAGCAACUCGGAAGAGAUCACGUUGCAAAUAAGGUGCUGGACGUGCCAAAGUGAAGACUAUGUGUUCAUUUUUGCAGGUCAAGGUUUACAGCGACGUUGCCAUAGCAGUGUGUCUAACUAUAUAUAGAUGAAAGCUUAGGACGGGCGAGCAAAUAGACAGCAGCUUUUCGAUUAAUUACUAUAUUGCGUUAGUUAAUUGUUAGAUAUACUGGUUUGACAUGUCGUCGUGCUUUUUGUGCUCUACACCACUUGAUACUACUACCUUGUGGACCAAGAGAAAACGGUUGGAUGGACGUAGUCUCACUGAUGCUCGACAUACUUUAGAAGUUAUGCUUCAAGAACACUCGGGCCUUCCACUGUCUUCGUACUUGCCACCUGCUGGUCCAGCUUAUGUGUGUCACUACUGUCAAAAAGAUUUGAAGAAACUAAGUGAACUUCAUCUGCUGAAGGUUAAGAUAAAACAACAAUUGGCACACUUGCCUGUCUAUGUAUGUGGUACAGCUUCAAAGAGGCAACGACUUGAAGUACCUGGGGAUAAAGAUGGAGAUGAAAUGACAGGUAGCCAACCAGAAAUGCUUCAACAGAGGAUCCAAAAAGUGUCUCCAAAAGUAAAUGUGGUUGUAAAAUACAAGUCUGGAAUGAGAGCAUACAACCUUGCUUCUCCAAGAAGAAAGCAGGCAGUAAAGAGAUGUGUUCGCGGGAAUUUGUUCUCAGUGAAUUUUGCCACGACUUCUGCAGAAGCAUGCAACACAGCCAUUACGUCACUAAAGAAGAAAACUGCUAAAGAAAUUAAUCAGAUUAGGAAACUUGGCAAGAGAAGUGUAUUCAUGGACAGUGAAGCUCUUUUGCACUUUUCGUGGGAUAGAAUUUGGUUGGAGCUGAAAAAUUAUACUCCCACAUUGUUGCAUGUGAUUAGCAUCUUAGUGUCUGAAAGUGCUGAGAGGUGCAAGCCCCUUGUUUGCUUCAUUGCAUCAACGGCCUUGAAACAGCGGUACCAGCAGUUUUCUAUAGUUCAACGUGUCAUCUCUCUUUUGUUGUAUGGCAAUGGAACUGCUAAGCAAGUGUUUUCUUGUUUGCAACCCCUAAUGGUCUGCAUAUCACACAAAGGUACUCUUAAAAUUUUGGAUAGAAUCAGUGACAACUUUGAUUCCGAAGUGAAAUCAUGCUCAGAAAACUUAAAGCAUCACUUUCCAACAGAAAUGAGGAUAAUUGGUGUGGCCAAGUCAAGUGAAUUAGCCCAGUCUCCUUUGUCUAGCAACCAGUCAGAAUACAGAUUAGACACUGACAAUCAAACAGACCACUGUACAGAAAACCAGACAGUUGACAAGACUGUCUCUACAGACUCUGAAUUGAAAACUGAAAUUUUGGAGAGUGAUGGGCAUUCUUCAAGAAAGUCUACAUCCGACCUGGAUUCACCCUCUAGUCAAUUAAGUGACAUUGAUGUGGAAAAUUGUUUACUUGAAGAUGACACUGGAAGAGAAGUCAUUCAAUGUCAAUGGACUGGAUUUAAGAUUGUGGGUGAUAAUAUUGACAAAAACGUUAGACCAUCCAAUCAAAGAGUUGACCAUCAAACUCGAUCUUAUCACUAUUUUCAUUCCUUUGCGCUCUUGGACAGAAUCGAUCUGAGCAUUUCAUCGAAUAGAGCUCCUAACACAUUCAAUCUAACCAUUGAUGAUUUCUUAAUAAAUAGCCACGACAUCAUGCAGCUGGAAAGAGACUUUGAAGUACUUCUUUCCAGAGUUCUUGUGAGACGAAUCCCAGACUUUGAACACCAAGCAGCUGAUGUAGUAUGGCACAUUCCAUGCAAGUAUCAAAAGGAGAUGUCAAGUAAAUCGAAGAUGGUGCCAUUGGAAGUGCUUCUCCACAAUGAAAUUUACCUGCCAGAAAUGUGCAAGAUACUUGGUUCGCUACAAGAAUAUGUCCCCUCUCGUGUAGUGAACAGUACUCUUGACGUGGGAGAUAAGUCAUUGUGCUUGAAAAACGUCGAUUUCUUGCCUAUUUUGAUGGGAGGCGAUCAACUUACAGCAGCCAGGGCUAGAGGGGCCAAGUCUCUAAGAAGUAGCCAUGACAAUGCAAAAGGUAGAUUGGAAGGAUUGCUGCCUGUUGUUGAAGAUUGGCAUGCUCGCCUCACCUUGGCAAAGGCUAUAUGGAAGCGCUUAUAUUGGGACGAUUCUAGCAGAGACAAAGGCACUUUACACCAUCUAAAACAUGUGCUAAAUAAGACCAGCGUGCAUAAAGAUCCUGGUAAAGACCUCAAGGCUGCUGAGGACUUUUUUACCCUUGCAUGGGAAGCUCAUGUGGUGUCAGCAGCACAGUCUGUAAAAUCAACACAAGGGAAGAAGAGACCUUAGCACCCUUAUGCAGAAAAGUCAUGGAUUCUUUUGUGUUGCUGUCAUCCUUACUAGCACAGAGGGAACAUUCUACUGCUUUCGAUGCAGUCCAUGUUGAUGCACUUGACAUCCUGAAUCUUGGCCUCAUCUACAAGGGUUUUCAUGACGCAGUCAAAGAGGGGGAUGGUGAUAGAGUGAUACGAUACUGGAAAGUGCUCAUGGUGCUAUUUAAAGAAACCGGUAAACGAAAUUAUAGCAAGGAGGCAUUUCUGCUAAUCCUCCAACUUCACUCGUUAUCUGAAAGAGCAGCCACAGAAGUAAAAUGGAGCCGGUUUGUAAAUAGAAGGGGCCAAAUUGGAUGCAACAUACCUUGCGAUUUGGCGAUGGAACACCUAAACAGACGGCUGAAGGGUAUCAUCCGUAAUAUGGGAGCUAAUGUUGUCCCUUCAGCAUUAGCUCGUGCAGCAAAAUCAAUAGGUAGUGUAGACUGUGUGUGCGACUUGUUCGAACAGUCGGUUAUGGCUCAGUAGACAUCUAGCAAACACACCAUCGCUCAAGACAGUAAAGACUUUCAGCUAGUGCUGGAAAUAUUAAAUGAAAAAAAUAUUCAAGGAAGAGAUUGGAAGGCAUCAUAGCCGCUUUCGAUACUCAUGCACCCUCCUGGAACAAAGCAGGAAAGAAACUCUUUGCACAUGGCUACAGAAGUUGCUGCAAGAGCACAUUGGUUUCGUACCUGAGGAUGAUGACAAUGAUGAUGAUGAUGAUGAUGAUGAUGUAGAUGUACAUUUUAAUGACACCGAGUGAACCUAAAGUAUUAUUGUUAUUAUGUGCUAUGUAUUGUAAACAUGAAAACUCUAGACUAGCUAUGUAUGGACUACCAUAUAUGAGCUGUACGUAUAUCUAUGAAUUAAUACAUGAUGAUCAUGCAGUAUACGCAUGCAGUGUUGAUCGUCACGUAAAGGUCACUCAGGGCCAGGCAGAUAUCAUAUAACGUCAGUAGUAGAGACUUGCGUGUUCCACAGAUUGACAUGCAGUGUCAGAAGUGAAGUCUGCAACCCAAGCUGCUUCCGUUCAUACUACUCCAAUCACAACGUGGUCUCUUCCUGGUUGCUACUGUAUGUGUUCACCAAAACAAUGCACAAAACACAUCAAAUGAUUACCCAAACACAGAAAGACGACUCAUCUUGUUUCGAUGACGUCAUGCAACUCCAAGCCCUUCCAGAUAUCGCUCACUCCGGACUGUAUGCGGUCGCUUUAGACGUCAAAAAACAGCAAACAGCACCGAGUACGUUCGCAUCCAUCCAGUACGUUCGCAUUCAGUCUCCGUUGUGACACGAGCGCACAACGCUAGAUCGUACGACGUCGAUCAUGGCUGCAUGAAAUCGAAGCCUGUCGACGUCAACGUCCCCGCGGCCGCGUUUAAUCGCUGCUGUAGACAUGCAGAUUUCACAAACAGCAACGACUC